AUGAACAUGGGCACCAGUUCCAUGACCGAUCUACUCCAGGGGUUUGACCUGAGCACGGCUGCCUUCAAGCUUCUGACAGCCGCCGAGAUGCUGAAAACUAUUGAGGAAAUUAAGCAGCGACUCCGGGACCGCUUUUUUGCGGAUGCGAAAAAAACCGGGGAGCAGCAAAGCCAAGGGGUGGACUCCGAGAUGAAACUUGUGACCGCCAAGCAGGGCUUUGAGCAAUAUCUUCUCGACUUACUGAACUUUUACCUGGAUAUUUUCGAACGUGUGCUACAUAUCGCGGCCAUGGCUGGGCACGCCGACUGUUGUGCCGUCCUCGUGGGCGUAUCCAGCUUUAGAGGAAUCUUGGUGCCCUUAUCCGCGAAGCUCCUCGCGUGGUUCACCGAGAAAUGCCAAGAGAAUUUCGCGUCGAUCGUUGAGUACGGGACGUGGGCGUUGGUUGCGGGAACGUUCAGCAACAUGGCGUUGGAAUCAAGUGAAAUUGGUGUCAGUGACAAUGCGAGUAUUUUGAGUGGUCUGCAUUUCGGCAAGGUGAACGAUAUAGCCCUCAAGAUUCUGGGCUCCCCGGAGAUUUUGAAGCUGAAGACGGAGCUGGGGAGACGGAUUGAAGCCCGGUUUUCAAAACAGUGCAGCGAAACUAGUGACCGG